UCAACACCUAUUAGAUCAAAAUUUCAAUCAGUUCAACUCAAAACUUCUAUCAGAAUAGUUUUCGUGGUAAAAUUUCAAAACAAAAUGAUGAAAACCAUCAAUUUAAAUCUAAUUACCGUCAUUUUUAUCUACCUUAUCAAAAGUGCACAAAGUGAAUUCUUUGAAGAAUGUCAAAAUCUCGAAGAUGGUACAUUCAUCAUUGGAAAACAGGGAUGCAAAUCGUACAUCUACUGUGAAGGUGAAGAAUCCUACGAGGGAUUUUGUCCAUCGCAAUUGCUCUUCAAUGCAAUUGAUGGCAGUUGCGCACCAGAAAGUGAGGUUGAUUGUUUAGACGAUGGAGCUCCAACAGAAGCUGAAACAGAACCUCCUACUACAACAUCAACCACGACAACAACAACAACUACGCCCUCAACUACAAAGGCUACAAUAGAAGAUCCAACAACUCAAGCACCUCCACCAGCAGAAGUUGAAACAGUGCAACCACCAGUGCAACCUACCAACCCUCCAGAACCUGGCAAAACAACUCCAAGUGCUUUCACGAUAACAACAUCAGAAAGCGUAGAUGUAGGUCCGACCUCAAGUCCAGGCCAAAUUUGUCCCACAAGUGAUGAUCCUUAUGCGGUCGUCCUUCUACCAAGUGAAACUUCUUGUAGUGAAUACUUUAUUUGCUAUCAUGGAACUCCCGUACGGAUGGUUUGUUCCGGACAGUUAUUAUUUGAUUAUGUGACAUUAAAAUGUGAGCUACCCAUGAGGGUUCACUGUAAGGCUACAAUUCAAACAACUCCGAAUCCGAAGACCUCAUGCGUUCGCAAUACUUUUGAUUACUUCCCGUAUUCGAAAAAUUGUAACUAUUUCUACAAAUGCAUGAAUGGUUAUCUGAGUCUUCAGCAAUGCCCAAUAGGAUUUGGUUGGAGUGAUGAGAUGAAGCUUUGCCUUAAAUUGAACAAUGGAAGGUGCCCGACAAGAGCUGCUGCAGGCGUCGAUCAGUUACAAAAUCAAUCAUGGUUAAAUAAUAUCUACUCUGUCUAUAUGACUUCUGGGAGAAUAAAUAGCGAUGGUGAGGAUAUACGAGUUUAUAGGACGAGAACUAGUAAAGGAUUUCAAAUAGCGCUAAUAGUUCUCCUUCUUCAAAGUUGUUCACUUAGUUUAGCAAGAAGUGAAGACGAAUGUCAGUUUGGAACGGUUAAAGAAGAUGUAAACGAUUGUACUCAGUUUUUUGAGUGUAGUCUUGAUGGUAAAUGGGAACAUUCAAGUUGUGAAAAUGGAAAGAAAUACGAUGUUAAUAAAGAAACGUGUGUUAUUGAUGAUUAUCCGCCAUGUAAAGGUCCUCCAACAACAACAGUUUCACCUGGAGAAUGUUUAAAUGAACCGUGCUGUGAGGCAUCAGAAGAUGGUACCUUUCACCGUGAUAAGAAGGAUUGCAGAAAAUACUACGUGUGCAAAAAUGGCGUGGCUACCAUUAUGUCUUGUGACAUAGGAUUUCACUUUGAUGAAACUAUCAACGCCUGUAAUUAUCCCGCCCUAGUACAAUGCAAUCCCAAGCUCGCAGAAACAACGUCAGCUGCACCGUCUACUGAACCUCCAACAACUUCUACAAUAACGACUACGGAGGCAUCUACUUCGACUGCUCCACAGACCACAACAGCUUCUUCGUCAGGAACAGAGUGUGCCAAGGACGAGCCCUGCUGCCAGGCGUCCGAAGAUGGUACCUUUCACCGUGAUAAGAAGGACUGCAGAAAAUACUACGUGUGCAAAAAUGGAGUGGCUAGCCUUAUGUCUUGCGACAUAGGAUUUCACUUUGAUGAAACUAUCAACGCGUGUAAUUAUCCCGCCUUAGUACAAUGCAAUCCUAAACCCACAGAAACAUCGUCGGCUGCACCGUCAACUGAGCCUCCAACAACUUCUACAAUAACUACUACGGAGGCAUCCACUUCAACUGCUCUACAGACCACAACAGCAUCUUCACCAGGAACGGAAUGUUCUAAUGACCAGCCUUGCUGCCAGGCAUCCGAACAUGGUACCUUUCACCGUGAUAAGAAGGAUUGCAGUAAAUAUUACGUGUGUAAGAAUGGAGUGGCUAGCAUUCUGUCCUGCGACACAGGAUUUCACUUUGAUGAAACUAUCAACGCCUGUAAUUAUCCCGCCCUAGUACAAUGCAAUCCUAAGCCCACAGACACGACGUCGGCUGCACCGUCUACUGAACCUCCAACAACUUCUACAAUAACUACUACGGAGGCAUCCACUUCAACUGCUCUACAGACCACAACCGCAUCUUCACCAGGAACGGAAUGUUCUAAUGACCAGCCUUGCUGCCAGGCAUCCGAACAUGGUACCUUUCACCGUGAUAAGAAGGAUUGCAGUAAAUAUUACGUGUGUAAGAAUGGACUGGCUACCAUUCUGUCCUGCGAGACAGGAUUUCACUUUGAUGAAACUAUUAAUGCGUGUAAUUAUCCCGCCUUAGUACAAUGUAAUCCUAAUCCCACUGAAACAUCGUCGGCUGCACCGUCAACUGAGCCUCCAACAACUUCUACAAUAACGACUACGGAGGCGUCUACUUCAACUGCUCUACAGACCACAACAGCAUCUUCAUCGGGAACAGAGUGUGCCAACGACGAGCCCUGCUGCCAGGCAUCAGAACAUGGUACUUUUCACCGUGAUAAGAAGGAUUGCGGUAAAUAUUAUAUGUGCAAAAAUGGAGUGGUUACCCUUCUGACCUGCGAAACAGGAUUUCACUUUGACGAAACCAUCAAUUCCUGUAAUUAUCCCGCCCUAGUACGAUGCACUUCUGAGCCGCCAACAACUUCUGCAGUUCUAACCACUGAGACAUCAGGCUCUCAAUGUCCAACUGUACCAAAUUGUCAGGAAUUACCAAAUGGCUCUUACCAUCGCGAUAAGAGAGAUUGCCGGACCUUCUACGUGUGCUCUGAUGGAGUCGCUGUUGCUCUCUCCUGCCAAAAAUGGCAAUAUUUUGAUGAUAUUGCUAAAAGCUGUAACUUUGAAUCAAAAGUACAAUGCACCACCUUAGAUGAAAAUUGUAAUGCAAUUCCUAAUUGUAAGGUAGAGCCUCAAUUUUCCUUCCAUCGCGAUCGCAAGGAUUGCAGAAAGUACUAUGUCUGUAAAAAUAAUUUGGCUGUUCCUGAAUUGUGCAGAAAUGGAGAAUUCUUCGAUACAACCAUCAAUGCUUGCCAAUUUUCCGCCCUUGUUGAUUGCAAACCAGACGAAAUUGUUUCAGCGCCAAUAGUAGUUCCAGAACCUAUCCCAAGACCUAUUCCUUCAAUCAUGAUCCCAAACGGUCAAGUUGAUCCGAGCAUCAGAGAUUGUAUGACUUUACCAGAAGGAACAGUCUUUAGACAUUCUGUGCAUUGCAGUGUCUAUUAUAUAUGCCGUAAUGGAAUGGCUGUAAAAGGUAGCUGCCCUGGCUAUGAAUGGUUCAAUGAUGAAAUAAAGACAUGUAACUAUAAGUAUCUAGUCAGUUGCGGUUCCGGAAUGGAUUAGGAACAUUUUCUUUAUUUUUGUUUUGGUUUUCUGAAUACAAAUUAUUUUAAAUUAAUGUAAAUAAACACAAACUGUGCAUAAAGUAAGAUUA